UGUCCUUCAAUGGUCUUUUCAUAAUGGAGUCCUCUUUUAACUCACCGCCAAAUGAUCAACCAACUCGCUUAAACCUCACCUAUAAGAAGCGUUAUUCUCUUCCUUCUUUCCACCAUCCCAGAGCCACUCCUAUCUCUUCACUCUCAACUCUAAAUAGUUCUCUGGUAAUGGCUUACAAAUUUAGUUCCUUGCUUCUUUGUCACAUUUUCAUCGUCAACAUUCUGCUUGCUAUUGCUGGGCAAGCAACUGCAACACGUGAUAUCCCUAGCAACCCAAAGAAUGAUGAUCAAAUGAAACAGCCUGAGUGGCUGAUUGAACAUGAUCGCAGCGUGCUCAUUCCAGGCAUUGGACGAGUGAUGCUGCCACCAGUUUUGAAACCUCACAAUCCAUACACUGGCGGCAACAUUGGCAGCACAAUUGGUGGAACUGGCUAUAUCCCAGGUGGAGAUGACACAUUUGUUCCAAACCCUGGUUUUGAGGUGCCAAUUCCUGGCCAUGGUGCUGGCACUGCAGGAACAUACCCAUAUCCUUAAGCAUGCUUGGCUAUGAAACUUUCAAUCAAUUAGAGAAUAAAGGAAAUUAGUUAU